UCACCUGCCUUUUGGGAUUACCUUGAGUUAGUCCAAGUUUUAUUCUCAAGAACGAACACACUCUUCUAUCCAAAAUUCAUUAGGAACGUGUCAAAAAUUUGGUUUAUAUAUUAACUCCCGACUAACUCAACCGGGACUGCGCUCUUCCCGGCCUUUGCCCGGAAACCAGAGAUCGUGUAACCCCCCCCCACAAAAAUGUCCUUUCCACGCAUGAUGAACGCUUUGCAGCGGAGCCUGGGCCUUUACAGGAGGAUUCAGUUGGCCAGAACAAGCCAGUCUUUGGGUGGCGAGACGGGACUUUUAAAACACAACCUUCGGUCCGCUGAUAUGCGAAUCCUACGCGGAAUGGCGAAGGAGUGUGAGCCCGUUGAUCCGGUGAUCAAGGGCGUGGUGGUGGGCGUCUAUGCCAAGGAGGCCGACAAGGAUGCCAAGUUGACACCCAGUGGCGAGAAGUUUGACGACCGGACGCAGGGCAAGGUAUCGGAGCUGCUGCGUGAAACUUUAAUGCACGGUGAGCUCGGCAAGGGUAUGGUCUUCACCAACGUGGACGCCGAGUUCCGGGCCGUGGCUGUUGUGGGUUUGGGCCAAGAGGGUGCCGCAUUUAACGACUUGGAGAUGAUUGACGAGGGCAUGGAAAAUGCUCGUGUGGCUGCCGGUGUGGGAGCAAGAGCCUUACAGCUGCAGGGAUGCACGGAGGUGUUUGUGGACUCUAUGGAGUAUCCGGAACAGGCGGCCGAGGGUAGUGCUUUGGCUAUUUGGCGAGCCAACAGUAACUUGCGUCGUCGGGACCGUAUUCAAAUACCCAAACUGCAUUUAUACGACUCGCCGGAUGUGGAUUCUUGGACACGAGGAUUGUUCAAGGCGGAGUCCCAGAACCUGGCUCGCCGGCUGAGUGAUGCCCCGGCGAAUCAGAUGACACCAACCAUAUUUGCCCAGUCUGCGGUGGAUGCCCUGUGUCCGUGCGGCAUUUCCGUGGAGGUCCGUACCAUGGACUGGAUAGAAAAUAAUCACCUCAACUCCUUCCUGAUGGUGGCCAAGGGUAGCUGUGAACCGCCAGUGAUCCUGGAGGUUAGCUACUGCGGCACUGCGCCCGAGGACAGGCCCAUCCUGCUGCUGGGCAAGGGACUGACCUACAACAGUGGCGGCCUGAGCCUGCGGUCCAGGGAGUGCCUGCACAUGUAUCGGGGCUGCAUGGCCGGAGCGGCGGUCUGCGUGGCCACCAUCCGGGCGGCGGCUGCCCUGUCGCUGCCCAUAAACAUCAGCGCCCUGCUGCCGAUGUGCGAGAACAUGCCCUCCGGCAUGGCUGUGAAGCCAGGAGAUGUGGUCACCCUGCUCAAUGGCAAGACCAUGGGCAUUGUGGAUACGAGCAAGGCCAGUGUGGUGGCAAUGGCAGAUCCUUUGCUUUAUGGCCAGACCACCUUUAAGCCUCGCCUGUUGGUGGAUUUGGCCACCGCUGGCUAUGGCGUGUGCGCCGGUCUGGGAGGAUCUGCUGCCGGUUUGUUCACCAACUCGAAUUUUGUGGCCAAGCAGUUCGAGAAGGCUGGCUCCGUGACGGGCGAUCGGUUGUGGCGUCUGCCCCUGUGGCGUUACUUCAAGCAGCUGGUGACCCCGAAUCGCACCUUUGACAUUAGCAACCGAGGACGUGGUCCUGCCUCCAGUUGCAUUGCUGCCGCCGUGCUGCACGAGAUGGUGCCGUGUGCGGAUUGGGCUCACAUCGAUAUACGGAAUGUGGGCAUGCUGACGCGUUAUAAUCCUUUGCCCUAUCUACUCAAGGAUACCAUGACAGGCAGACCCACCCGUACGGUCAUCCAAUUCCUCCUCCAGAUGGCCUGUUCGGAGAAAUGAUCCAUGACGGGCCUUUUUUUACUGGUUUUUUACGGCUGUUUUGUUUUAGUUUUUUGAUUUUAAGUUUACUAUUUCUUUCUGUCGACAUGUCCAAAAUUUAAUGUUUAGUUUUCGAAAGUUCUGGAAGAUCAAGGAUCAGGUUUUAAGACAAGACCAAGAUCGAGAGAGAUGUUAAAAUGGAAUUUACGGAAACCUU